AUGGCUAUGUUCAGCCAAAAUCCCCUGAUGAACGGGCCCAACUACUCCUUCUCCGAGGCCCCCAGGAAGGCCAACGGCGAGUUCAGACAGCACCGCUUCAACCCCUACACUGACAAUGGCGGCUCGACUCUGGCCAUCGCCGGCGCCGACUUCGCCAUCAUGGCCGGCGACACUCGUAGCACCUCGGGCUACAGCAUCAACUCCAGAUACACCCCCAAGGUCUUCAAGAUCGGCGGCACCACUUCAACACAAGAAGACGCGACGAUUCUGCUCUCUGUGGUUGGCUUUGCCGCCGACGGCGAGGCCCUCAAGGACCGCCUCGAUACCAUCUGCAAGAUCUAUCGCUACCGCCAUGGCAAGCCCAUGAGCGUCACCGCCUGCGCGAAGCGCCUCUCCACUAUCCUUUACCAAAAGCGCUUUUUCCCCUACUAUGUCUAUGCCAUUCUUGGAGGUCUCGACGAGGAGGGUGUUGGUGCCGUCUUCUCCUACGACCCAGUCGGCAGCUAUGAGAGGGAGCAAUCCCGAGCAGGCGGUGCCGCCGCCAGUCUCAUCACACCGUUCCUCGACAACCAGGUCAACUUCAAGAACCAGCAUGUGCCGGGUAGCGGCGUCGGACACGAGCUGCAGGAACGCCCCCGUGUUCCCUUGGAGCGCAAGGAGGCUGAGAUCCUUGUCAAGGAUGCGUUUGACGGAGCGGUCGAGAGACAUAUCGAAGUCGGUGACCAUCUGCAGAUGAUGGUCAUUACUAAGAAUGGUAUCGAGGAGGUUCUUCUCCCAUUGAAGAAGGAUUAG